AUGCGGUCUGACAGCGACACGGAGACAGAGAACGGCGCUCUGCCUCUCCCUGCUACAAACGAGAAGCAGCAGCAGCAGCAGCGCCCGAAUUCGGGAUCGGCAACGACCAUCGUAGAGAAAGAAUGGGCAAAACACGAUAGCAACGCCGAAAGCGAAGAGAGGAUGAACGACGAGGUUCAACAGCUUGCUCGGCGACUUACUACGCAAUCCCACGGUCCUCCAGGUUCUUUAUUUCCCGUACCUGCUGAGGGCCCUUUGAAUCCUAGUAGCGCGUCAUUCAACGCCAGGAAGUGGGCAAAGGCGUUCUACGAUAUCCGGACAGAUACCUCUGAAGGAAACCCACCCAAGACGACCGGCAUCGCUUUCAAGAAUCUCAAUGUCUACGGUUUUGGCACGUCAACUGAUUACCAGAAGAGCGUGGGCAAUGUCUUCUUCGAGACGGCAUCUCUCGUCAAAAAGCUCAUGGGUGCCAAAGAGCAACGUAUUGAUAUUCUUCAUGACCUCGAGGGCGUUGUUCAUGGCGGCGAGAUGCUAGCUGUCCUGGGCCCACCUGGAUCUGGAUGUUCGACACUGUUGCGAACUGUCGCUGGAGAAACUCACGGGUUUCACAUUAGCGACGACGCGACGAUCAAUUACCAGGGCAUCCACCCCAAGCAGAUGCGUACGGCGUUCAGAGGUGAGGCAAUUUAUACUGCCGAAGUCGACGAUCACUUCCCCCAUAUGACAGUCGGUGACACGCUCUACUUUGCGGCACGGGCCAGAUGCCCCAAAAACGUCCCUGAAGGUAUCACGAAGCGGGAGUAUGCCGAGCAUCUUCGCGAUGUUAUGAUGGCUAUGUUUGGUAUUUCGCAUACUAAGAACACUCGCGUGGGUAAUGACUUCGUCCGUGGUGUCAGUGGCGGUGAGAGGAAGAGAGUCACCAUUGCGGAGGCGGCGUUGAGUUAUUCUCCCUUGCAGUGUUGGGACAACAGUACCAGAGGUCUUGACAGUGCCAAUGCUCUUGAGUUCUGUCGAACCCUGAGAACUCAAGCAGAUGUCAUGGGCAGCACAUCUUGCGUUGCCAUCUAUCAAGCAUCUCAAGAUGCGUAUGACGUAAGUCUAUCCAAUCCGGUGUUUGACAAAGUGAUCGUUCUUUACGAGGGGCGACAGAUUUUCUUCGGCAAGACCGGUGAAGCCAGGGCUUACUUUGAGGGACUCGGCUUCGUCUGCCCAGAACAGCAAACAACGGCCGAUUUCCUUACUUCAAUGACCAGCCACCAAGAACGCAUCAUUCGCCCAGGAUGGGAAGGCAAGACACCGCGUAGCCCCGACGAGUUCGCCAAGGCCUGGAAAGCUAGUCAAAACCGUGUGCGUCUGAUGGAAGAAGUCGAAGACUACCUCCAACAACACCCCUUUGGUGGCGAGCACUUCCAAAAGUUCCUCGAGUCUCGCCGUAUUGAUCAGUCCAAGUCGCAGCGCGCCAAGUCCCCAUUCACGCUUUCUUACAUGGAGCAGAUGAAGCUGACCCUCUGGCGUAACUGGGUGUUGCUUAAGGGCGACCCUAGCAUGACGUUAACGAUGCUCAUCACCAACAUCUUCGAAGCCCUAAUCGUCAGCAGUCUGUUCUAUAACCUGCCCGCAAACACAUCUAGUUUCUUCCGCCGCGGUAUUCUUCUGUUUUUCAUCGUCAUUAUCAAUGCUUUCGGAAGCAUCCUCGAGAUCAUGACGCUGUACGCGAAGCGCAAGAUUGUGGAGAAGCAUUCUCGCUACGCCUUGUACCAUCCAUCUGCAGAAGCCCUUUCAGCCAUGAUUGUCGACUUGCCCUAUAAGAUCGUCAACGCCAUCCUGAUGAACACAACUCUCUACUUCAUGGGCAAUCUGCGUAGGGAGCCUGGCCCCUUCUUCUUCUUCCUACUCAUCUCUUUCACGAUGACAUUGACAAUGUCGAUGAUGUUCCGCCUCAUUGGCUCCGUUACAAAGUCAAUUGCCCAAGCACUUGCUCCGGCGUCCAUUAUCCUGCUUCUCAUCGCGUUAUAUACUGGUUUCGCUAUCCCGCCGCAGUACAUGCAAGACUGGAUUGGCUGGGUCCGGUGGCUCAACCCGGUUUACUACGGCCUUGAGAGCGUCAUGCUCAGCGAGUUCGUUGGUCGCGAUUUCGCCUGCUCCAAUUUCGUGCCAAUGGGGCCUGGCUACGACUCCGUUGCUGCGAACGAGAGGGUUUGCUCUACAGCUGGAUCUGUCCCGGGCCAAGACAUGGUCAGUGGUACCACUUACCUCGCCACGUCUUAUGGCUUUAAAAACGCCCAUCGGUGGAGGAACUUUGGCGUCUUGAUCGCAUACAUGAUUCUUUUCAUGGGGCUUCACUUGAUCGCCACUGAGUACAUUGCUUCUGAGCGCUCCAAAGGCGAGGUUUUGGUCUUCAGCCGCAAGGAGAUGAGCAGGCGUCGCAAGCGGGGCGUUGCCGACGUCGAAACCGGCGCGGUUGGUAGGGCUCAGCAAAGCAGCGGCAGCGAAUCUGACAGUGUGGCUGGAAUGGAGAAGCAGACAUCCGUUUUCCACUGGAAGGAUGUAUGCUAUGACAUCAAGAUUAAGGGUGAGCCCCGGCGAAUUCUGGACCAUGUUGAUGGUUGGGUCAAGCCUGGCACUCUGACUGCUUUGAUGGGAGUUUCUGGGGCUGGAAAAACUACUCUACUCGACGUUCUAGCUACUCGUGUCACAAUGGGCGUCAUCACAGGCGAUAUGCUGGUUAACGGCCAACCUCGCGACGAUUCCUUCCAACGGAAAACAGGCUACGUUCAGCAGCAAGAUCUUCAUCUUCAUACCUCAACCGUCCGCGAGGCCCUCACCUUCAGCGCUCUCCUCCGACAACCGGCUACUUACUCUCGUGAGGAAAAGCUCGCCUAUGUGGAUACUGUGAUUGGCCUUCUCGGAAUGGAAGAGUACUCGGAUGCCGUUAUCGGUGUUCCUGGAGAGGGUCUCAAUGUUGAGCAGAGGAAAAGACUCACCAUCGGCGUCGAGCUCGCGGCUCGUCCUCAGCUCUUGCUGUUCCUCGACGAACCCACUUCAGGACUCGACAGCCAGACCUCGUGGUCUAUUUGCGAUCUCAUGGAGAAAUUGACAAAGAACGGACAAGCAAUCUUGUGCACCAUCCAUCAGCCUUCAGCGAUGCUCUUCCAGCGGUUCGAUCGACUUUUGCUUCUUGCAAAGGGAGGCAGGACCGUAUAUUUCGGCGAGAUUGGAAAGAACUCGCAGGUUCUAGUCGAUUAUUUUGUUCGUAACGGCGCUCCGGAAUGCCCUCCCGGGACCAACCCGGCAGAGUACAUGCUUGAAGUCAUCGGUGCCGCGCCCGGUGCCCACACCGACAUCGACUGGCCUGCCGUCUGGCGGCAGACGCCCGAGUACCAAGGUGUUCAGGACGAACUAACUCGGUUGAGUGCUGGUCGCCCGGCCCAGGGGCAUCAGAGUGAGGAUACGUCCAGCCAUGCGGAAUUCGCGGCUGGUUUAAGUACUCAAUUCAUGGAGGUCACGAAGCGUGUCUUUCAGCAAUACUGGCGCAGCCCUGGUUAUAUCUACUCCAAGGGUGUUUUGACCUUUGGCGCUGACCAGGCCCUUUUCAUCGGCCUUUCUUUCCUAAACGCGGAAAAUACCCAGAGAGGCCUGCAGAACCAAAUGUUUGGCGUCUUCAUUUUCCUCACAAUCUUCAGUCAAGUCGUUGAACAAAUCAUGCCCAUCUUUGUUUCCCAGCGUACCAUGUACGAAGCCCGCGAAAGACCUUCCAAGACGUACUCAUGGAAGGCGUUCAUGGUUGCCAACAUUCUGGUGGAGAUGGCUUGGAAUUCGCUCGCUUCCGUCUUCUGCUUCGUCUGCUGGUACUUCCCCAUCGGCCUGUAUCGCAACGCCUACCCCACAGACUCCGUUGACUCCCGCGGUAUCACCAUGUUCCUCAUCGUCUGGGCUUUCUUCAUUUUCGCCGGCACCUUCGCCCACAUGGUGAUCGCUGGUCUUCCGAAUGAAGAAAUCGCAGGUGGAAUCGUCAACCUUUUCGCAAUCAUGAUGUUCCUAUUCUGCGGCAUCCUCGCGGGACCGGACACCCUCCCCGGCUUCUGGAUCUUCAUGUACCGCGUCAACCCUUUCACCUACGUCGUCGAGGGUUUCCUCGGAACAUCCCUCGCCAACGCCCCGGUCCACUGCGCCUCGAACGAGUUUGUACGGUUCAGCGCCCCGAGCGGACAGACCUGCGGCGCGUACAUGGCGAACUACAUCUCCGCCGCUGGAGGCUACCUGUCCGACCCGGAUGCGGGCAACGGCACCGAGUGCAGCUACUGUGCCAUGUCCGAGACCAACACGUUCCUGAAGAGCAUCAACGUCGAUUUUGGAAACCGGUGGCGCGAUUUCGGGUUGCUGUGGGUGUACUGCAUUUUCAACAUUGCCGCUGCCGCCUUGAUUUACUGGCUGGUGCGGAUGCCGAAGAAGACGAGCAAGGCGAAGAAGGAGUAG